UCGAGGUGUUCCGAAAAGAUCAUGACAGAGUACCAGUCUACAUAUUACACCCGAUCGCGGGAAAUAUGGGUGAUGAAGAAAUGAAGUGUUUGCAACUUUCUUUGCCUUUGACUGUUGACUGAUUGCAGCAAUGGUUGGAGGAAAAAGGCUUUCUGAUGAAGGCCAAGAACAAGAGAAUGAUUGUGAAAGAAAACGACAGAAGGCAAAUGUGAUGAAUGAUGCAGAUAGUAGUACAGAGUCAAGUGAGAGUGAACCUAAGACUGGUUUUAGAGAUCAUUUGAAAACUGAAAACAUGGAAUUGACAUUUGCUUCACAGAAAUGGAGUAUACUUGUUUCCAUCUUGUUGUCGGACAAGUACAGAAUUGCACAGGACACUUCAUGGAAGGAAAUGAAGAGGAAAGUAGAAGAAACUUUUCCAUUAUUGACCAGUGAUGGAGCUGCAGAUUCACAAUUAAUACAAGAGUUAAUAGAAAGUGACAAAGUUCUAAAAGUCAUUAAAACAGAGCAGGGUGACGUUAUUGAGUUUGUCUCAGAUGACAUUCGUCAUGAAGUGAUGGCAUAUUUCACUUCAAAUUGCCUGCGAUCUGAUGAAGAUUAUAAAAAUUAUAUAGACCUGACAUCAGUAGAUUCUCUAUUAGAGUAUGCCCGCUCCCAGCUGUAUAUUAAGGAUGAUGGAGAACAGUGCCUGUACUUGACAGAGGAGAUGAUAUUGUUCUUCAUUCAGAAACACGGCUUGGAUGCUUUGAAAAACAUUGGACCAAUCAGUGAAAAUAUAAAAUGCAGUAAAGAGUUAUCAUAUAUCUUGAAGGUACCUGAAGAAGUAUUGGAGUGGGAUGUAGCUGCACGCUCUAGUUAUGUAGACUGUGCUUUAAAAGGAACCCGUACAAUACACAGGGCUAGAGCAAUGCUCGUGGGUUGUGCAGGAGCUGGCAAAACUACUCUCCUCAACAGAUUACAGAAGAAAAGUUUUAAAGAAAUAAAAGAAAUCCAAUCAACAGUGGGACUAGAAGUCCAUGAAGAUAUAUUUGAAAGAGAUUCCAAAAAACAAUGCUCUAAAAGUGUUUUUAUUUCAGAUAUUAACGACGCCACAGAUACAGAUGGAAAACUGUUACUGAGUAUUGUUGACUUUGGCGGGCAAUGUGCCUAUUAUGCCUGUCAUCAG